AUGGAAGAUUACUUCAUGAGCGACGACGAAGAAAACAGCGAACACAAUAGCGUAUCAAGACGAAAAAGUCGGAAGCAUGGUGAACACAAAGGCAGCCAGAAACGAAAUAGACGCCACAAGGAAGACAAGAGACGUGAUAGACGAAAGAGGCACAAGGACAGAAAACAGCGAGAUGAUAAUAGUCGUAAAAGCCGUCGGAAGCAUCGCCAUCGCAAUAAAAGUGUACCUGAGAGUGUCACGGUUGGGGAAAGAAGAAAGACCGACUCUGGCAUCUCAAGUGAGGGAGACGAUGCCAUAUCCCAAACCUUGUGUUCUCUAUUGGAGGAUCGACCUGUUUUUAGUGGCGAGCUCCCAAUUAUUCUUAUUCGACUUGCCGGAGGUGCUGCCUUCGACCUUAGGCAAAUGACCGACACCGCUGCUGCUGAAAGACUUGAGCAGGUUUUUGAAUCAUUGCAGAUGUUUGGAGUACAGCGGCAAACGACGAACGAUCAUUGGAUCUUUAGAAAUCCGAACAAACAGAAUGGGGCUGAUGAGAUGAUACUCCUCAGGGUGAUGCGUACAGUACUUGAUGAUUCUGGAGUCACAAUGUCUUCCAUUGAAGAUUAUGAAAGCAAAAGAGCAGCACUGGAACUCAAGUCUACGAACGCAAUCUCAGUGGAGUCAUCAAAAGAGAAGACCUUGGAUGCUCUACAGCCUGUCAAGACCGCUACGGCUGCUUUGUUAGAAGAAUUCAAAAAUUCGGAUUCCAACUUGGGCCAACAGCUGAUAGUUCUUUGCAGGUCCAUUUUAGAAGGAGAGUGUCUCUGCAUUGAUGGAUUGCCGAACGAUAGCCUAAAGGCUAGGCUUACAUCAAUUUUUCUGCAGUGUGGUCUGGAGAAGUCGGAAAUGGAAGAAAAUGAGUCCGAUGAUGGCAAUAGCCGAGGUGAAGUGACUACGGGAUAUAACCUUCCGGAAGACAUAGAUGAGACAGUGAAACUCAAGCUUCACGCAUUUAUGGAUGAAUGUCGACGGCCACGUGAAAAGCCCAAGCGACGACUUGUUGGGCCCCAGCGUCCUCAGUACGGCAACACUACCAAUCCCACUGCCAGUGACGAUGACGAGGGACCUCUGCCAGUUGGUUCCAGUAGCCGACGGUCAACGAUUCAAAGCACUCAGCCAGAAAUUUCGAACGGAGAGGAUACAGACUUUGCCAAAGAGAAACGCGAAGAGUGGAUGUUGGUACCAGGCAAGAAUGAUUUUCUCAGUAGUAUCAAGUCUGGCCAAAGCAUAAACAGUCGAGGAUUCAAAAACCAAAAGCCCCCAACAGAGCCGAUUGAAGAGGGGAUACACCCGGAAAUUCGAAGAGAAAUAGACUGCAUAAAUGCAGCUCACAACGAAGCACGCGGCCCAAGUCUUAUGUUACAGCACCGCGCAAGGAAGCAGAAGGAAGAUAAUGAAAAAGGUCCGCAAGGGGAAGAGAAAUGGAAAUGGAGCAGAGAUAUAGAUCUAGAUUAUGGUCGCAGAGUUGAUAAGAAUGCAUUGAAGAUGAUUUUGGGGGGUGCUGCUACUGAUCUGCAAUCCAAAUUUCAAGGUACCUACAACAAAUGA